UUGAACGACAUAAAUUUUUACAAAAUGGACAACGAUUACGAAGAGUUAUAUAGAUGGGUAGAUGAGCAAGCAAUUUCGCGACCUAAGAAGCGACUCAAUCGCGACUUCGCCGAUGCAGUCCCGGUAGCGCAAAUUUUAAAGACCUACUUUCCUAAAAUGGUGGAGAUGCACAACUACAGUCCUCAGAACUCGGUGCAGAUGAAAAUGAUGAACUGGAAAGUUUUGAACAAGAAGGUUUUAACGAAAAUUGGACUCCCUUUAAGCAAUGACACAAUAGAGAAUCUAGCCAACGCUACGCCUGGUACCAUUAACAGAUUGUUGAUGGAUAUCAAAAAGAAAAUUGACCUGGCCAAUCCAAACUUGCAAAAAGGCGGCAGUGACUCACAACUUAAUACAGAGGAAGAUGUUAUUUUUGAAACGGAAAGCGAAGAGUUUUCUGAUGAUGCCACUCUCUCUACGGAUUCCAGUGAUGAUAGAGACGAAGAAUGUGGCACUAUAAUUUUGAUGAUGGACACUGAUGUGGACAAGAUGAACGAAGAUCUCAUCAUGAUCAGUGAACAAGCAUAUCAUAAAAUGAAGAAGGAGGCGAAGGAUUUGGAUAACGAAAUUGAAAAAUUAAAAAACAAAAAACAACAUUUACAGAAGCUCAUUGCAGUCAAAGAUGACAGAAUAAAACAUUUGAAUCGCCAACUGGAGUUCGUGAACGCCCAAACAGACAUGACAACUGCAUCGAGUUAUUUUCCACCAUUGUCUCCGGAAAUUUCUCCGAAAUCGACACCAGAACACUCUCCGAUACGUACACCGACACAAUCACCAGAAUCGACGCCACUAUCGACACCAAAAUCGACACCAAAAUCGACACCAAAAUUAACUCCAAACACAUCCCCCAAAACGACACCAUACCCAACUCCUUCGACAUCCAAGGAGACUAUUUCGAAAUUAUCCGUACCGAAAACGACACCUGAGGAAAGGUCGCCACCAACGACUCCGGAAUCGACGCCCAGAACGUCACCCAUGUCAACACCAUCAGUGACUCCGAAAACGGUAAAGAAAUUCUCACCGACAAUAAUGAAGGCACCGAGGAAGAAUCUGUCGCGAAAGAAGUUGCUGCUGUAAAUGUCCCGAACUCAAUAUUUUUAUAUAAUUCUUUACAUAAUUUUCUUAAAUUGACUUUAAAAAAAUAAAUUUCAUUUCUGGUUCGAAA